AACAAAGAUCAAUCAAGAAGAACUAAUACCGAUUGGUGUUCCUGUGAGAAAUGUAGUGUAAUGCCAACAACUGAGGAGUGUUUAUGCUGUAUGGAAAUUUUGAAAAUUAAAGAUAAAUUAGUUGAAGAUGCCCCAGCUAUUGUUGAUGGAAAUAUGAAAUGCAUUACACAGCAUCCUGGAUUUAGAUCUAUCUGCCUUGACAUAUGGGCAUUACAACUGGCCUAUGACGAAAUUCCAAAGAAAGACAAGAGAGAAGGGGCCACACAUGAAAAAUAUCGACAUACAAGUUACAGAAAUUUUGUAAAAUGGAUAUGGGGAUACAGAGGAAAACAUCAGCGUACUGUAAUACAUGCAUGUGCCAUUAUCAAAAUUCGCAGCAAAUUUCAAUCAAAAAAAUAUGUUGGAUUCAAGUAUCCACCUUUAUAAUUUCUGUCUCAUCAAUGCCAGUUUUAAUGCACAUUUUUGUCCAGGCAAAUAUAUUUACAUUCAGGAUACACUGUAAUACAUUUUAAAUUUCCAUCAAAGCUUUUAAAAAUUCCCAUGGAGCAUAAGCACUCUUUAUAUGAUGUAGUUAUGCUACAUUUCUUGCAAAAUACUACUAGGUUGUGUCAUUACAUACUGACUUAUUGUCAAUGUAACAUUGUCAAUGUAACUAUAUUGGAAGUACAUGUGUACAAUAAAAAAAUAAACUACAUUAUUUAAACUUUAUAUUUGUUUGCUGGUUUUAUACUUCUGUUGUAAAUGUGUACAUAAUAUUGAAAUGAUGAAGAGAAAACAACAUUUAUACUAGUGAAAAAAAGGGCUGCAGAACAAAUAUCAUGAGAACACAUAAUUUGCAACAUGCUACACCAUCUCAAACAAAACGUGAGCAAUGAAGUGCUACAGCCUCUUGCUUGUUUGGGUGUUCAAAAUGGGAGCAUAAAGCAGAUGGAGGUGCUUCUAAAUGGUGUACCUGUCCUUCAGCGCAUGUUUCCAUUACUUGUGCUAUUACUGCAUCUGAAUACU